AAGCGGUCACUAGUUCAGAUUUUGAUGUGACACAACGUUGACGUGUUGAUGUCACGUGAUCCAACAUGGCGGCGCUCGCGUACUUGAGGUACAAGUCCAGAGCAGGUCUUCUGCUUCCUUGCCAGUCGUCUCUUGUGGACUGGGUGCGCUUCGCGUCCAAGAAGGCAGGCGGUAGCAGCAAGAACCUCGGGGGAAAGAGCCCCGGUCGCAGAUAUGGCUUCAAGAAAACAGACGGGAACUUUGUCCAUGCUGGCAACAUCCUAGCAACACAGAGGCUCAUGCGGUGGCAACCAGGAGCACAUGUGGGGAUUGGAACCAACAACACCCUGUAUGCCCUGGAGGAUGGCAUUGUCAGGUUCACUAAGGAGGUGUAUGUUCCAGCCCCACGCAGCCCUGAGACCUUCAAGGUCAUCACCAAGCUGCCCACAGGAACUGUGCUCUACAAGACCUUCAUCAAUGUAGUGCCCAACAAACAGGAGGGCAAAUUCAAACUGGUUGGCAUGUUCUAAAGAUGGAUAACUCAUUCAUAUUCCACUCUGUGGAAGCUCACCCUACUCUUUCUAUGGACUUAGUGGUUUGGAUUGAAAGGUUCUGUUCAACCGCAAACUCCUUUGUUGUGUAACUGAGCCGCUGUGUGGUGAGGAGGAUUCUGGAAAUUCUGAGGGAAUUCCUCAAAGCUUCCUGUGUUGCCAUAACGUCAUCGAUCCUGCACAAUGUGACUGGUCGAAAGUUUAAUCAAAAGGCACCUACCUGACUUAUUGUGCUGUAAGAAGACGUGUCACUCCAUCCAAUAAAGUUUUAUAUAUAAUCAAGA